AUGGCACCCAAACUUACGGAAGAAGAGAUCGAUGAUCUUAUCUACUUUGCGCGCGCAGGAGAACAAGAGGAUCUGACUGAGACUAUUAAGAGCCUGGCGGAGCGAGAAAAUGUCAGCCCUGCUGAGAUUGUAGCGGCUGCUCAAGAUGCUUCCAACAAGUCAACAUGUUUACACAUGGCUACAGGAAAUGGUCACCUAGAAAUUGUCAAGCAACUCAUCCAAUAUUUCGAUACCCAACCAAAGGAGCAGAAGCAGGCAUUUCUAGACGAGGCAAACGAGGCCGGAAACACAGGUCUUCACUGGGCAGCACUAGGUGGUCACCUCGAUGUCAUCAAGCUGCUCCUGGAGCAAGGUGCUUCCCCCGCGCUGGCAAACGAGCAGAACUACGUUCCUCUCGAUCUGGCGUACUUCAACCACAAGAACGAUGUUGCCGAGUACUUCCUGUCAACCGCUAAGAAGCUUGAGGAGAAGAACCAAGAAGAGGGUGGUCUGAGCGCUGCUGUUGGGUCAGUUGAGAUCGAGGAGGGAGAUGAGAAGGCUGAGGAGAAGAAGGAGACUUCAUAG